AUGCGCCAUAGACCAUAUAUCCUCCGGUUUGCAUCCACGGCACCUACAUCGGACGAUACUGUGGAUGAUGAGAAUCUCGCCGAGAAAAUCAAAGUCUUUGGUACCUAUAUCCCUGUACUAUCCGAGAACCCUUUGCAGCAGGGUACCUCGCACAUCCUACGGAGGACUGUCCCACCACACAUCACCCGCCCUGCAUAUGCACACCCAAACUAUAGAGCCCACAAACCUCCGCCAUAUCGCGGGGACGGUCUAAUAGAGCUUGGUACGGACGAUGAGUCGAGAGCCAGGAGGGCAGGCGCUUUGGCUGCCAUGGCCUUGCAAAAAGCUCAAUCCCUUGUGAAACCCGGGGUCACAUCAGAAGAAAUAGACAAUGAAAUCCAUGAUUUUAUAGUGUCACAUGGCGCAUACCCUUCACCACUUAACUAUCCAUCGCCCGAAGGAUCGUAUCCCAAAAGCACAUGCACCAGUAUUAACAACUGCAUAAUACAUGGUAUUCCUGAUACCCGGGCGCUAGAAGAUGGCGAUCUCCUUAACAUUGAUAUCACAGUAUAUCUCGAUGGGUUUCAUGGGGAUACAUCAAAUACAUUUCUAGUUGGGGAUGUGGCGAGUAUCACCCAAUUAUCCUCGAAACGAUGUUUUAAUCUGACGCCUCUUCAGGACCAACAAGGACAGUACCUGACCCGACUUGCCGGACAGGCCCUCGACGCUGGAAUCUCAAUCUGCCGGCCAGGUGCAUAUUUUAAAGAUAUAGGGAAUGUGAUACAGAAUGUUGUCAGACAAGCUGAAGAAAAAACCGGCGACCCCUACGUCGUUUCCCCGCAUUUUACUGGUCAUGGUAUUGGUAGAGACUUUCAUAGGCCACCGUGGAUUGUCCAUACAGUGAAUGAAGAACCUGGAAUAAUGAAACCUGGUCACUGCUUCACUAUUGAGCCUGCUAUCAUCCAAGGCAAGGACCCUGACUGGUGGAUACUCCCUGAUGGGUGGACCAUAUUAUCGGAAAGCUAUGCUAGAGCAGCGCAGGCUGAGCACACGAUUCUCAUUACAGAAACUGGGGCUGACAUUCUAACAAAUAGAGAAACAGCGAAAGCGACAUUCGAUAAAUAUAAACCAUGA